GACGAACAAUGUUGCAGCGAAUACAACCACGACCCCACUAACAACAUUGACGCCAUUGUACACCACUACUCCGAACACCACCUUCACUUCGACCCCACUGACAACGACAACACCUUUGUACACCACCACGCCCAAUACAACCGCUACUUCUGUCCCGUAAGCAUCCCUUCUCUCCCACCCCCGAAGCACGCUCUAGGACACCCGCUGACCCUCCCUGACAACAGCCUGACCACCAGCACCCCACUAACAACCACGACACGAACUACGACAGUCACCACCACCGUCUACGUACCAGGUGUCGUCCUCGCCAGUCCAACAGCCAUCACAGGUGUUACCUCUGCCAGGCUCGCCGUGUCAGACUACGACGACCAGUAUUUCGCCAUCUCGCUUCCAUUCUCCCUCUCCCUCUUCGGCGUCACGAGCAGCACAGUCUAUAUGGGCGUCAACGGUUGGCUCAGCGUCACCCAACCCAACUACGCCAGUAACUCGGCCUAUUAUUAUCGUGCUGGCUCCUGCUCGCUCACACUACCUGGCAGCGACAACAACGGCUGCUACCUCCCGGAUACCCUCUGGGCGCCCUUGUGGCAGGACCUCUACAUCUACAAGGGCACCCCCCAGGGACUGUACUAUCAGAUCACCGGAUCUACCGUCGGCAGCAGGAACGUCAGCUUCGAGUGGUACACCAGCCAAUUCUCAGCCCCAACGCAGUAUUACCAUUUCAUCGCGACGUUUCAGGAAGCUGUGCCCGGGCAGGCCGUGUUCGACUACUAUCAAGUGAGCAACAACGGCGCGGCGUACCAGGUGCAAACAAGCAAUGGGCAGACGUUCGGGUCUCAAGUCGGUGUGCAGAAAUACUCGACGGGCCAGUCGGCUGUGUAUUCGAACAACCAGCCGAAUGUGCUGCCGGGGUUGGAGUUGGUCUUCACGCCUCCGUCGACGUUCACGGUCGGAGCGGCGAAUUGCGUCAAGUUGUCUUAACUGCGAGAAGGGCUUUUGGGUCUUAUGAGUGA